UCACUCGCAGUCCCACGUCAAAGCAUCACGAGUUGAAGCACCCAACAAAAUAAUGGCUCGAACCCCAGAAACCGUCCCGUUUUCCACGGCGUCGCAGGUCACACCAGUCGGUCGCAACGUAUACAGGGCCUUCCUGGAGCCGACAUAUUGUGUCGGGGCAGUCCCCAACGGCGGUUAUGUCGCGUCCACCAUCGUAAGAGCCGUCUCGGACUAUCUAGGCCCGAGGGGACACCCGGACACGGUAGCGGCCCACUUCGAGUUCAUCGACCGCACAGAUGUAGGGCCCGUCAUUAUCGAGGUCACCGACAUCAAGAGCGGCCGGUCCAUUUCAGUGGUCCAUGUGACGCUGUACCAGGGCAGCUUGUCACCCGAAGCACCAUUCUUCGCCUCGAGCUCCCGGAAGCCCGUCCUGGCGUACGUCACCAACAUGGCCAUCCGGCUCGAGCAGGGCCUCUCGCUGUCCACGGGCUGGGAGAUGCAGCCACCGGCGGCCCCCGUGGACUUUGACAAGCUCAGAGCCGGGAAAGACCCGCGCUGGACGCAGCGGUCGCGGCUCGCCACGGGAAGUUCGUCGGGCGCGAUGCGGGACUUUUCCCGAGCCAGCCUGCAGUUCCAGUACUACUUCCCGUCCGAACCCGGUCGCCGCGGGGAGGAAGACGUCUGGCUGCGCUUCGCGUCGGGCGAGAACUUUACGGACACGGCCAUCCCCCUCGUCGCCGAUGCGCUGCCGUACAUCAUCGAGGCGUGGCGGCCGCACGAGGACGAGAAGCAGACGCCGUUCAGGACGGCGGAGAUGUGGUGGUAUCCUACCUUGUCUUUCUCCCUUGAUGUCAAGAAGGCGCUGCCGGGGGAAGGAAGCGAGUGGCUUUUCAUGCGAUGUUUUACAAGGUCGAUCAAGAAUGGGAGGUUAGACUUGCAGUCGAUCAUUUUGGAUCAGCAUGGCGAGUUGGUCGCUCUGGCACAUCACGUUAAUUUGGUCGUGCCAGCGUCGCGGAAUCUGCAGAAACGAAAGACGAUAGGCAACAAGUUGUAGUAAUUGUAGCGCAACGGCGAGGUUCGGUGGUAUAAGACACUGAUUUCUUGUCUCUGGUUGGCGUGUUGACUUCCUAUAUCAACCCAUGCGCUGAGUCGAUCUUUUUAAGUUGGAUGAUUACUAAUUAUGGCGGCGAAGGCCAUCAUGCUAUUGCUAUUGGACAGACAGG